GAUGCUUACUUUCCAUAAUAAAAAGAAAGAAGAAAAAAAAGGAUUCUAUCCAUAUAUACAUUACACACUAUCUACCAAAAUUCAACACCCACCCUUUUCCAUGGGAUGCAUGAUGACGAAAUGGGAAAAACAAAUCUUGAUCUGUUUUUUCCUUAGAAAUCAAAUAAAAUCCAAUUGAAAGGGGAAAGAGAGAGAGAAAAGUAGUUGUACCAACGCGAAUCUAGGGACAAGAUCUUCUAUGAAUGAAUGUAUUACACAAAUGAAGAAAUUGUUAGUUGGUUCGAUGGUGAUUGACAUUGAACUUGAUAGGGAGAAUCAUAGUUCGAUCCCCGCAAUUGGCAAUUGCAAUCGGAAGGAGACUGAAACGUCAGAACUGAUCCCCGAAUCAGAUUAAACUAGUGAUAAAAGCCAAAAAAUAAAAAUAAAAAAUAACAACACUAUGCCAUCACAAUAUUUUCCUCUCAUGCACACCCACUAGCAGAAUAAAGGUACUAUAGUACAAGAUAAUUACGUUCCACCUCUCUCUUUUUCUCACUCUCAUUCAUUCAUCACCUCAAUUCAACUUUCUUUCUCUAUUCCUCUUCUCUCCCUCAACCUUAUAUAUACACACUUCAAUUAAUUAGAAGUUAUUUAAUUUGAUAUAUUAUAAUGGAGCUUGGUUUGGAUAAUAGUAAAUUACAAUUACAACCACAAAACUUGAAGCAAGAACAAAAGCUGCUGCAACAGCAGGAGCAGCAUUUUCAUGUGUUGGCAGUAGAUGAUAGUGUCAUUGAUAGGAAGCUUCUAGAGAGACUCUUUAGAGGUUCUUCAUGCAAAGUUACAUGUGUGGACUCUGGAGAUAAGGCUUUGAAAUAUCUUGGACUGAAUAAUAUUGAUGAACAACUUGAUAACAAUUUUUCUUCAACAAAAUCUAUAUUAGAAUCAUCAUCUCCUGAUUCUCCUCCUCUUAUUCCUAAACCAUUGCAGCUGAAAGAGGGAAUUAGCAAAGUGAAUUUGAUCAUGACAGAUUAUUGCAUGCCUGGGAUGAGUGGCUAUGAUUUACUUAAAAGAGUCAAGGGAUCUUAUUGGAAAGAUGUUCCAGUUGUGAUCAUGUCAUCAGAAAAUGUACCUUCCAGAAUUAGCAUGUGCUUGGAAGAAGGUGCAGAAGAGUUUCUAUUAAAACCUCUUCAAUUAUCAGAUUUGCAGAAGCUUCAGCCAUACUUUCUUAAAUCACUAGAUAAUUCUUCUGAUGAACAAGAAUCUGCAAACAGUUCCACUUCUACCACAGAUUUUGACAACGAUGAUGAUGACGAUGAUCUCAUCGACAACAAUAAUAGUAUUAGCAAAAAGAAGGCUAUGUCUCCUGAGUCUCUGGAGAUAUCAAGGCCCAAAAUGAAAGGGUUGGCGUGCGGAAUUAAGAGUUCUUGCAUAUUAUUAAUUAGUUUAAUUAUGAUUAUGUUUCUAAUUAUGGUUUUCUCCUAAACUAUAAGAGCUUAGUGAAAUCGCUGUGUGCGUUUUAAUAUUAGUAUUCACUUACAACUACCACUAGCUACUUAAAUUUAUGUACAAUAUAUCAUUUGUCAUCACAACAAGUAAAAAAAACUCGAUUUAAUUUUACGUUUCAA